CAGGAGCUUGUUAAGCUUAUCAAGAGCGGCAAAGUCCCAGACAAAGAUUACCUUAUCGUAGACGUUAGAGACGAUGAUUGGAAGGGAGGAAAUAUCAAAGGCUCCCGGAAUCAUCCAUCUCAAAGAUUCUUGUUGGAGGUCGAUGACCUUAUCGAGCGGACGAAGGAUGUACCGAUUACGAUCUUCCAUUGUGCACUGAGUCAGGAGCGUGGGCCAAAGGCAGCCAGAAUUUACGAAGAAACUCGCAACGCUUUGCAUGAUACGGAUCACACUGUGUACGUCCUUCAAGGGGGGUUCGUCCAAUUCGGGCAGUCGUACAAGGACGAUCCAGAGUUGGUGGAAAACUGGAGAGAGAUCAUUUGGUAG